AUGGAGGCGCUAGAUACUCAACAACAGCCUACAAAUCCGAGAUCCAGCAGUCAAGAAUCCGCUUCUACACCAAAGCGGUCUCGCGUCGUGAUUUCGCAGUCGAAACGAGGCUGCAUCACUUGCAAGACACGCCGGGUUAAAUGUGACGAGCAAAGGCCUCUAUGUUGGCGAUGCAUCCAAGCAGGCCGACUAUGUGGCGGUUAUAACCAAGGAAGCAAGGUGUCAUCGGCGUUACGGCCUGCUCUGAAGAUCGGCGUCCCAGCAGACAGCCAUACAGAGCGGCUGAGCUAUCUCGCCGCCCACGUGCUGUCGCUGGACAGCGACGACCGUCCUCUUGCCACGGACGGCGUCUGGGGGCGCAUAUUCCUUCAACUAAUGAACCAAGUCGAAUGUGUGAAAGCUGCUGCCGCCGCGUUUGGGGCCGCGUGCGAAUCAUUGCUCAAUAAUGCAACCGUGGAAUACCCUUCCCCCGCCUGGCGCUACUACGGCUCAGCUCUGGCAAGGCUCCAGUCGGAGUUGAACAACGAGACGGCCAUUCCAGAGUCCCUGGCUCUGGCAUCACUGAUCCUCGCCGCCGUUGAGAUUCUCAGCCAACACGAACAAAACGCAUUCGCCCAUUUCCUGGGGGCCGUACAGAUCCUGACCAAAACCCAUCCGAAUUGUCGGGGGGCUCCAUCUGCCGAUAUUCUUCGCACCUUCAGAGACGAGCUGGUCAACAUUGACGUUUUGAUUGGCAGCUAUGCCUUGUCCCGGACGCCGACGGUUGUGUACUUGGGAUCUCACGAAGCAGUCUCUGGAGACGACAUGCUCCGGAAACCGGAGCUUGCGAUCAAAGCCGCGAUGCUCUGCCUUCACCAAUCAUAUCAAUUCAUAGAGUCGGCGGACCGACUGCGUUACACGUAUCCUAGCUGGAAGGAGGAGCGUGAUCCUAUUAUGUGCAAUGCACAGUCAGACGUAGUGGCCCAAUGCUGUUCGAUUCUCGAUACUCUUGCGGCACUUUCCACAAGUCUACAAGCCCAAUUUUCGUCCACGACGUCGACGCGGAGCAAUACGGAGACGCUGGCGGAUAUCUAUGUCAUGCGCGCCCAGUUGACGGUGACGAUAAUCUUCCUCUUGUGUGUGCACAACCCAUAUGAAACGGGGUACGAUAAACACCUGGAGCGAUUCCAAAGCAUUGUGCGUGAUGCUGCAGCGGCGACGCGGCUGAGGCGGCGGACCAGAUCCGGUGCCUUCAAACGCUUCUCAAUGCGUCCUGGCAUCGUAAACCCUCUCUUCAUCGUAGGCCUAAAGUGCAGAGAUCCACCGCUGCGUGCGUUGGCGACGAGGAUGCUGCGUGAACAAGGCCGCGAGGGCCCUGUCGACGGGCAAAUAAUGGCGGCAAUCUGUGCUCGCCUAGCUGCCCUGGAGACGGCGUCCAGUGUGCCAUCUUCUCCUGGCGCCCCGCUGGCUGCCUGCGACGUCCUAGAGACCCAGAGAGUUCACGGCUACAUGGUGCCCCCUCCGCGGUUGGAUGACAAGGGUCGCCGCGUCGUAGACGUCGUUUUCAUGUGGCCAUACCCGCCUCUCGCGCAAGGAUUGGGUCAUGUCGACUAUUCAGGCCGGGAUAGCUGGAUCUACCGGUCGGAGCCCAUCCAUAUAUAG